GAGGUGCUUUUAAACAAUUUAACUUGGCAAACUAUUAAAUGGCAGUGACAAUGAUGAACACUCUGAUGUGACAUUACAUUUAUACAGAACAGAAGCGUCAAGACACCUAGAUAGAAUGAUAUGACAGAAUUUUAUGAUAUUUCAUAGCUAUGUUGCAGAGUGAGACCGGAUGCAGUAGUUUGUUAGAGUGGUUUGUCACUGUGUGGGAUGAUUGUGUUCCUCCGCAUCAUGCGGGUGGAGUGAGUGGGCAUCAAGUAGAUAUUAGAGUAAGUCUUCUGUGGAUUUGUCAGUGUCUGCAUGUUCAGAGCUGUUGUGCUUUAACCAUCUAGAACGAGAAAGACUGUUUUUUAUAUUUUUUACGAUUUGAGCCUGUGAACAUCUUCAGAUAUGUCCCCAGUGCUGGCGGGGUUUAUCGGUGCUGGUGUGUUGGUUGUUGCAGUCUUUGCGUUAAUCUUUUUGUGGACUUGCUGUCAGAAACAUUACAACAGGACGAACUACAAGCUCCAUGGCAUCCAAUCGGAACACAGUGACCCUCUCACAGACCCACCGUACAAGUUUAUUCACAUGCUGAAAGGAAUGAGCAUCUACCCUGACACACUGACCAACAGCAAGAGGAUCAUUAGGGUGGCACGUCAGGCAAGGUCCAAGACCACUGAUGGGGCUCAAGACAGCAAGGGCCGCCCAGUGGUGCUGGUAGAUAUGGAUUCGGCAGCAGAAAGCGGCCUGCUGGGAGAGAAACAAAUGCAGAUGAGGCUCGAGGAAAGUGGCCACGAGGUUCCCAGGCUGGAGAGGGAGCUUCCCGUGCGAGCGGAUUACUGCUGUCUGGACAGCAGCUCUGCAAGCAGCAGCCAGACCUCCAGUACUACAGUUUCCAGCACGGCUACACCCUUCACCCCUGCCGAUGAGCCCAGCCGGGGGGACCUCAGCAUUGCAAUCGAUUAUAACUUCCCCAAGAAGGCCUUGGUGGUCACCAUCCUAGAAGCUCGGGGGUUACCGGCAGUGGAAGGCCAGACGGGCAGCGCAGACCCGUAUGUGAAGAUGACCAUUCUCCCAGAGAAGAAACAUCGCGUUAAGACUCGUGUUCUGAGGAAGACUCUGGAGCCUGCGUUUGAUGAGACCUUCACAUUUUAUGGUGUGCCAUACAGCUCCCUGUCGGAUCUCACUUUGCACUUCCUGGUGCUGAGCUUUGACCGGUUCUCACGAGAUGAUGUGAUUGGGGAGGCGAUGGUUCCGCUGGCAGGUGUGGACCCGAGUACAGGCCGGGUCCAUAUUACGCAACAGAUCACAAAGAGAAGUAUGCAGUGUGUAAGCCGUGGAGAGCUGCUGGUCUCUCUGUCUUAUCAGCCUGUUUCUCACAGACUCAGCGUGGUGGUGUUAAAAGCAAAACACCUUCCAAAACUGGACAUCACUGGGCUGUCUGGAAAUCCGUAUGUGAAGUUAAACGUGUUCUAUGGCCACAAGCGCAUUGCCAAAAAGAAAACGCAUGUGAAGAAGUGCACGCUCAACCCUGUCUUUAACGAAUCCUUCAUCUAUGACGUACCGGCUGAGUUGCUGCCAGACAUCUCUAUUGAGUUCCUGGUCAUGGACUUUGACCGCACUACUAAAAACCAGGCCUUGGGACGGCUGGUGCUUGGUGCAAACAGCCCCUGCCCCUCGGGUGCCGCCCACUGGCAGGAGGUCUGCCAAAACCCACGGCGCCAAAUCUCAAAGUGGCACACACUCAACGAAUAUUAGAGCUUCACCACGCUCUCUCUCUGUGCACACACUCAAACACAGGCACGCAGGAAACGAUUAAUAAUGAGAGAGUUUUGGGAAAAAGAUGCCUUUGUUACCAUCACUACAUGGGAGGUAACCGAUCUUCAGGAGGACUUUAAAAAAAAGACUUAAGCCAACAUUUACGUCAUUGCUGAUGCGAUGAUGGGCCUCGGAAAUGAAUCUUUUUAAAAACACAAGUACACUCUUACUUUCUCACUCAGUUGCUCACAUACACACACACACACACCGCAAGAACACAAACAUACACAAUAAAUAAUAAACGAGACCAAAAUAUAACAUUGACAGACUGUUAGGAGCUCAUGAGGUGUAUGAUUCUGUAACUGUCCUAAUGAAACUUAUCGCAUGUCUUAACACUCCAUAUUUCACUCCAGAAUGGGACAUUGUGAGGAUUUGUGAUUAAACAGGCUCUGAUUUCUGGAACUUGCAUCAAGGGGAGCUUGUGAUAAGCGGCUUCUGAUGUACUGAUUCUCCACUGUAUGAGCAAUGCACCGAAGUGACGCAUAGGUUGUAUGAUCUACGCUAAAGUAUGAUUUGUUCUGUUCUGCUUUGGCUGGAGAUGUUUCAGAGAUUCCUGCUGUGUCACAUUCUCCACAGCUACAAGUUGAGUCAUGUGAUUGUACAACAAUAACCCUUUUGGCAGCACUCUGGGCCUGAUUUAUUGCUUGUGCAACAAUUUCAUCAGGCACUUUGGAUAAAUCUGGCCCUGAAAACCUUAAUCUGCACUGCUAUGCUACAAACAAACUCUGAAUGUCACCGUCUGUAUGAAUUUCAUACAUCAGAGCUUCACUUCACCAUAAAACAGAGGUUCACUGUUUCGUAGACUUUACUAGCCCAUGUCAUCAGAUGCUCUUUUUAAGGUGGAUUGGAUCCGCUGUCAUUUUAAAUCCUGUGUGAUAUAGAGAUAGACAAAGAGGUGUUCGUAGUUCAGAGCUGGAAAGCUCUGGCAUAUUAAGGGGGCAUUCUGAGCCCUUUGGUGUGAUGUUUGGGAAAUGGAAAGAUAUGUAGCGGUAUAUCAUUUGUAGUUCAUAAAGUCAAGGGGGAAUGUGUUCAUGUAAUUCUAUCAGUCACAACAAGUCUUCUAGCAUACCUCGUUCACCUCAGUUACACUUUUUCUGUCUUGUACCACUUUUCCACAUCUCUUUUAUGAUGAGAAUUUGUAUAGUCAUUUAUUUGAUUUAUAGUGUGCUUACCCUCAAGAUCUAAAUGGUUUGCCAGUGUGCCUGCUGAUAGCCUGGGCCUUUAUCUCUGAUUGGUGCUCUUCACUGUUAAUUUAGCAAGCCAGAGGUCUAAAUCCGUCUGUGUUUCAUAUCGAGGCAGAAUUAAGGUUGGGAACCGAGAAUCAGAAAUGAUUCCGUUACGAAGAAAUACUGGAACCAAAUGGCGUUCAGCUCCAUUAACGAUUCUCGCACUUGCAUUUUUUUCGCUGAUGCGGACGAAACAUAUUAAUAAACUGUUUCCUGUUUUCUCAGUUUCCUGUACAAUUUAUUCAGCAGUGCCACAAAAACGCUAUUAAAUCUACAGCGUGCCCAGUGUAGUCCGAUUACAGAACAAAUUACUCAUGAUCCAUUUCUUUUUAGUGAAUUGAAACUAUACAGCGCAACCAGUGUAGUAUGAUUCCUGAACAAAUUACUGUAAUGAGCCGGUUCUUUUUAAUGAAUCAAAAAUUUACAAUGCAGUUUAGUACAAUUCUCUAAAAACAAAAGGACUCUAUGAGACAGUUCUUUUUAGUAAAUCAAACGCUUUCAGCGCAACAGUUUAGUAGGAUUCCAGAACAAAUGACUCUUAUGAGUCAGUUCUAUUUAAUGUAUCAAACCCACAACACAACUACUGUAUACUAAUCAGGUGCGUUUCCCAAAAGCAACUAUGGUCGCAAGUUCUGUCAUUACCAAUAGAGUUCAAUGCAAUUUUCAACCAUAGUUAGCUAAACUUAUGCUUUUGGGGAACACACCCCAGAGUAGUAACUGACCAGGUUGUUCAUAUGACAAUGUGCAGUUAAAAAUACAUAUUAUGUGUUUUGUCAUUAGUAUUUUAUAAAUAUUCAUAAAUAAAAAGUUGUCACAUUUAUGUUUGAGUAUAUAUAUUUAAGAACAAGUAUUGGAUUGUAUUUAUGCUGCCUCUAAAAAGACUAUGACAAGAAUUGUUUUAAAUGUAUUUAUUUCUGAAAUUAUUUUAUCAUUUGACAAUGCAAUUGUAUUUUUUCCCAAAAUAUUUAUUCCUUAAAAAUACUAAAGAUUAAAUUAAGAUUUGAUUAAGACCAUUAAGGAAUCAGAACCAGAAACAGACCCUUUAAAUUCUUCUCGAUUCCCAUCCGAGGUAGAAAAUUUGCCCAGGAUUCAAGAGAUCCAGCAGAGCAGGGACCAUCACUGAUCUGGGAAGCUCUAAACACAUGGUGUCAUUUCUCAAAAAUGCAUUGCAAAAAUUCCCGCUUAAUUCCCCACAAAUUAGCCACUAGCAGUCAGCUGGUCGUAUGGCACAUGGUUUCUCUAUCAUAGAGGUGUUAGAUUCUAAACUGUAAUUCUAGAUGGGGAAAAAAAAUGCUUCUUUCCAUUCAAGCUUAUUACAUGCUAAAUUCACAAUCCCUGUAUAAAAGUGCACCCUAUCCACCCAGUAAUGUCUUUUGUGUAGAAGACACUUCUUUGUGUCGGAUCACUGGUAUGACUAAAUGGAAAGAUAUUAAAACAUUCAACCAAUGUGAGAAACAACACACACAGGAGAAAAAACAAACACAAUAGAUUUAAAUUUAAAAAAAAAAAAAAAGAAAAAAAGAAAAAAAAAGAAAGACAAAGUCAUUUGUGACCUAUACACAAUCGCUUUGGUGUUCAAAAAUAAAUUGGCAGGAAACUGAAAAAUGUUGUAUUAGUGCAAACUAAAAAAAAAAUAUCUUGUGAAUAUUUGACAUAUAAUGUACUGCAAAAUGUUGUGAGAUCUCUGCUGAUGUUACACACCCACCUGUAUGUUAGUGUUCUUAACACCCAAUGAAUGUGCAAAAUAAAUGUGGUACACAAGUGAA